AUGAUUACAAAUACGUCCGCCGCACCGGGGUCAUUGGGCUGCUGUUCUAGGCCCAUGGCCUUUCUCCUACCUAUUCCCGACGAUUUGAACCUUCACUUCCAAGACCGCCAAGAUGGCAAUCAAUCAAUCCCGAAUUUCAGGGAAAAGGCUAAUAAACCUAUCAAAUACCCAAAAGACCCAUCAUCAGCAGCAAUCGCUUCCUCUAAAGCGGUAGUCCAGCAGCCUCUACGGAUGGUGCGGCAUCUAUCGAGUUGGUUAGUCGAAACGCGGAGGUGA